AUGUGCACCACCCCGCCUCCGCCCCAGCCAAGCAGCAACAGCAGCAGCCGUCGCAGAAGCAGAGCCGGGCCCUGCGCCAUGGAGUUUGACUACGAGCGCUGGGCCGCGUGGGGCGACUGGCGUCGGCUCUGUCGCACAGCAGAGGAGGACACCUUACGGCAAGAGACAAACCCGUCCUGGGGCGAGCGGGAAUCGCAGCGUAAGACGCGGCUAUACGACCGCGUGGGAAGCUGUCGGGACGACUGCGACUAUCCCUCCGAAUGUCACCACCUCAGGUCGGAGAUGCGGCAGCGGUUCACGGUGGUAGACAGUGGUGAGGUGUCGCCGAUUAGCCCGCCAUCCAUGGAGGAGGCUGCGAGGUCGAUUUUGGGAAUGGGUGUCGAGGAAGCGGACUGCAUUUUCGCGGCGGCGGAUUAUCUGGAGAGCAGGUUUGCCGAGGCUCGUCGAGGCGAAAUCUCAGGAUUGGGGUUUGACGUAUACGCAGACGCGCCUGAGAGAGAGGAGUGGGAGGAGUGGUGGGAUGACGACAGUGGGUACGGAGCGGCUUCCGAAGACGAAGACGUUGACAUGGUGUAUGAGGAUAUUCGCGGAUAG